AUGGACCCAACCGAGCUUAGCAUUCCAUCUCAGGGCGUAGAACCAUCCGAACCCGCCCAAGGCAAAGUACACGUAGGAGCCAUGGACCACGCAGGGUUCCCGACUAACCCAACGGCAGUCGAGUCAACCAUCCAGGACCCCGUUGCCGAUCCACUGCGUCCUUCAUCCCCACCUUUGACGCAGGCAUCCUCGUCGCCCUUCGACGAUCCAGACGCCGUAGAUGACUGUGACCCUGUCGACUGUGACCCCGCGGUCCCGGCACAGGACAUGGCCGAGCUCCUUCUCUCGCGUACUCCUUGCCACACGCCGGUUCCGCCUACAAACCCUCCGGUCCAGGCGGCACCCGAUACUGCUCCGACUCUUCUGGCUGAUCCGAAACCUGAGCCUCUUUCUGCCGACGAGCUCGCUUCUAUUCCUCUUCCACCAGGCACUCCACCGCCUGAGUCAUCCGGAGCUGCUGCUCCUUCACACGAUAAUGUCUGCGGAUCUACCGCUCCGAAGUCCAACAACAAAGGCUUUUCAAAAUUCUCCUACGCCAGUGUGGUGGCUCGUCAGAAAGCCGCGGAGGACGCCGAAGCAGCUUCCGCUAAACCUUCGGCUCCCCUUCCAGCUCCUCCUGUGGAACGUCCCAAUCGUAAGCGUCCAGCGAAUCGACUCACGGUGACAACCCAUCACAAGCUACCGGAACGUACACCAGAAGGCUAUACUCAUCGUCUCCUUGGACGCCACCCUUGGGCCAAAUUCGUCGUCCUUCAUGAGGAUCAACCUCCAUCGGAUCCUUCAGUGCUCACCAGCGUCAUGCCGCUCGACUUAUACAGCCACGUUCCUCCAGCGGGAUACCUUUCUGCCAGAUACGUCAGGCGCCUUUUUCCACACCGGUUCAGAGAGAGACCUUGUCCCCGUCGUCGUUUGUCGAUCAUCGAGCUCAUGCGUCUCGACCACGCCAUCUCCUUCCGCGAAUCUUCGCAAACUGUCGUCGACACACUUCUCCGAGGAGACUACGUCAUCACUGAGAAUACUCGGCCGAUCACCCCAGAGGGUUCCAUGCCGUCCACCCGUACCCAUAUGCUGACCGCCACUAUUCCCGACUUAGCGGCGUUUCCUCUUCGGCUCAACUUCACUAUUGCCGAUAUGUCUUCUGAGUGCGGAUGGGUCAAUCAGCGGCCCGUCUACCUGUGGGUAGUCGGAGCUCGCUCUCUUAUUCGUGCCACUAUUCAACACUCCGAGCAUUCCUACGAGGAUCGUUCCAUGUCUAUUCGCCUCUGCGUACCAAUCUGGGCUCACAAGUUUGCGCUUCAGACAGUCAAGCAGUUCGCGACCACUCGGGAUGACAUCACCUACGUUCCCAUCUGUGUGAAGCUUGGUCCUCCUCCAGCCGGUGCCGACCCUCUGUACCAACUGAUCGCUCAACGCCAGCUAUUCGGCCAAUUCAGCGAGGACUCACGAGCGAGCGCCGUCCUCGACGCCGUCUACGGUACGAGUCACCCUCCCAUCGGGCCUGUUGGCCCUCAACAAGAGCCUAUUGUAGCCUCCGUCGGA